AUGCACUUUUGGACUAGGCAAACACUCUGAGCAUGAAUUAUAUGAAUUCGUCCUAAAUAGUCCCUGCACACGUUUUCAUGUGUGGUCAUGGGUUAUGGUGAUUUGAAACAGUCAAUUGAAAUAAACUGCUCAGUAUGUACAGCAACAACUAACAACCAUCAGAGAAGCAUUAGGUAGCAGAGAGUUGAAAAACCAUUCACCGUCGUGUGGGAGUACUGGGUGAUUCCACGAGACAAGAAACGCGCUCGGGCUUCCUGUGGUGUUUUUUCAGCACUAUGAGCAAAAGCUUGCGCCGCAUUGGUGUGGCAGUGUGAGCGCGAAGGACCUGAUCUCAGUAACCCUCAGGGUCUUUUGAGCAUGUGAUGCCAAGGAUUGCAGAGAGAGAUCACCACUGUCCAGCCAGUGUGAGAAACUCAGCCUCUCUUCUCUCCAGCUCCCUUAUAUCACUCAAACUGCACCUCCUUCCCAGUGAUGCCAGGAACAUGCAUCAGCAGCUCUUUGAAACCAAGAGGUAAUCAUCCCUAACCCUCCCCUGAUUUAGAGAGGGGCACCCAUGGUACGCCCCACCCUGUGCACCCACCACCACCCACCAGCUGCCUGCUGCUCCGAUCGUCCAGUGCUACACCAUCCCUCCCCUGACCCACUAUCCCACUCACCUGCACUGCUACCACCAUGGCCAGGGAGUCCAAACACCCCUCCCUCUCCCAUUAUUGCUUCCUCUUCCUACUGACUACCAAAUGCUACUGGCUGUUGGUCUCUGCCACUCAGAAGGUCUCGGACCCGCAGCUGCCUCUGCAGGAGUACGCCCAUUCUAUCCGACUGGACGGUGACAUCAUGCUGGGUGGCCUGUUCCCUGUGCACUCCCGUGGCGAGAGAGGAGUGCCCUGCGGGGAGCUGAAGAAAGAGAAGGGCAUUCAUAGGCUGGAGGCCAUGCUGUUUGCCAUUGACCUGAUCAACAAGGACCCAGAGCUGCUACCGAACGUGACCCUGGGGGCGCGCAUCCUGGACACGUGUUCCAGAGACACCUAUGCCCUGGAGCAGUCACUGACCUUCGUUCAGGCACUCAUCGAGAGGGAUGGCUCAGACGUGCGCUGCGCCAACGGGGACGCACCCAUCUUUGCCAAGCCGGAUAAGGUGGUGGGGGUCAUAGGGGCAGCGGCUAGCUCGGUGUCCAUCAUGGUGGCCAACAUCCUGCGGCUCUUCAAGAUCCCUCAGAUCAGCUAUGCAUCCACAGCGCCCGAGCUGAGUGACAACACACGCUACGACUUCUUCUCCCGUGUGGUGCCACCGGACUCCUACCAAGCUCAGGCCAUGCUGGACAUCGUAACGGCGAUGGGCUGGAACUAUGUGUCGACCCUGGCCUCGGAGGGGAAUUACGGUGAAAGUGGCGUGGAGGCUUUCGUCCAGAUCUCCAGAGAGUCUGGUGGUGUGUGCAUUGCCCAGUCUCUGAAGAUCCCCAGGGAGCCCAAGCCGGGGGAGUUUGACAAGCUUAUUCUGCGAUUGCUUGAGACCUCCAACGCCCGAGCCGUCAUCAUGUUUGCCAAUGAGGACGACAUUAGGCGUAUCCUGGACGCUGCCAAACGCAACAACGAGACUGGUCACUUCCUUUGGGUUGGCUCGGACAGCUGGGGGUCCAAGAUCUCCCCUGUGGUCCAGCAGGAGAGAGUGGCAGAGGGGGCCAUCACCAUCCUCCCCAAGAGAGCCUCCGUGGACGCCUUCGACCGUUACUUCCGGAGUCGCUCCCUCUCCAACAACAGAAGGAACGUGUGGUUCGCGGAAUUUUGGGAAGAAAACUUUGCGUGCAAGUUAGGGAUGCAUGGCAAGCGACCUGGGAGCCCCAAGAAAUGCACAGGACUGGAGAAGGUGGGUCGUGACUCAACCUAUGAACAGGAGGGGAAGGUACAGUUUGUGAUGGACGCGGUUUAUGCCAUGGCCCACGCCCUACACCGGAUGCACCGCGAGCUCUGCUCAGGGAACAUAGGCCUGUGCCCACGCAUGCACAACAUUGACGGCAAGGAACUACUGACCUUCAUCCGGGCAGUAAACUUCAAUGGAAGUGCUGGGACUCCUGUCACAUUUAAUGAGAAUGGCGAUGCUCCAGGACGCUACGAUAUCUUUCAGUACCAGAUCAACAACAGGUCAACAGCAGAGUACAAGGUCAUCGGCCACUGGACUAACCAGCUACACCUAAAUAUGGAUGCCAUGCAGUGGACCAGUGGAGACCCCUCUGUGCCCGCCUCUGUGUGCAGCCUGCCCUGCAAGAUGGGUGAGAGAAAGAAGGUGGUGAAGGGAGUACCAUGUUGCUGGCACUGCGAGCGCUGUGAGGGCUACCACUUCCAGGCCAGUGAGUUCAUUUGCGAGCUGUGCCCAUAUGAGCAACGACCCGACCAGAACCACACUGGGUGCCAACCUAUCCCCAUCAUCAAGCUGGAGUGGCACUCACCCUGGGCAGUGGUGCCAGUCUUCAUCUCUGUCCUGGGCAUUCUGGUUACCACCUUCGUCAUUGUCACCUUUGUGCGCUACCACGACACGCCCAUUGUCCGAGCCUCGGGCCGGGAGAUGAGCUAUGUUUUGCUUACGGGUAUCUUUCUGUGCUAUGCUAUCACCUUCCCCAUGAUCGCAGCCCCUGACGUUGCCGUUUGCUCCAUCAGGCGCAUCUUCCUGGGCCUGGGUAUGUGCUUCAGCUACGCAGCUUUGCUUACCAAAACAAACCGCAUCCACCGCAUCUUCGAGCAGGGCAAGAAGGCUGUUACUGCACCGCGGUUCAUCUCCCCGGCCUCCCAGCUGGUCAUUACCUUCAGCCUGAUCUCAGUUCAGUUACUGGGUGUUUUUGUGUGGUUUGCCACUGACCCGCCACACAUGGUGGUGGACUAUGGCGAGCAGCGCACGCAGGACCCUGAGAACGCCCGUGGGGUGCUCAAGUGUGACAUCUCGGACCUCUCACUCAUCUGCUCGCUUGGAUACAGUAUUCUCUUGAUGGUCACAUGCACUGUUUACGCCAUCAAGACCAGGGGAGUGCCAGAGACCUUCAACGAGGCAAAGCCUAUUGGAUUUACUAUGUAUACUACCUGUAUAAUUUGGUUAGCUUUUAUACCUAUCUUCUUUGGGACGGCACAGUCAGCAGAAAGGAUGUACAUCCAGACAGCCACGCUGACCAUCUCCCUCAGCCUGAGCGCCUCCGUCUCUCUGGGGAUGCUCUACAUGCCCAAGGUCUACAUCAUCAUCUUCCACCCGGAGCAGAAUGUUCCCAAGCGCAAGCGCACCUUCAAGGCCAUCGUCACCGUCGCCACCAUGACCAGCAAGCUGUCCCAGCUGGCCUCCGAGCGACCCAAUGGAGAGGUGAAGACAGAAAUCUGCGAGGGCAUGGAUGCCAAUAUGCCAUCAACCAAAACAAAGUAUGUCAGCUACACCAAUCAUGCCAUCUGAAGAGAGAAGCACUGAAUAGAGAAUUACUGAGGAAUUCCACAUGCAGACUUGGAUGUGUCAGAUUCACCCAUGACAGGGCAUUACAACAAGCAUGAGACAUUGAUAUUGCUCAGAGUCCAAAUAACGACUGAGAGCAUGGCAGUCAACAUAAAUAUGUCUGCUCUUUCAUGUUCACAGACAGAGCUAAUGGGCCUUCUGGAAGCAGACAAAACACUAAACAAACAAUUCAAGAGACUCGACAAAAUGAGGGUGGGGAACAGAAGAGGAAAACAAAAGAGAAUUUAAAUAGAAAUUGUUGCGAUCAACCAUGUUAGUUAGUUUGUUAUUCUAAUUUUAUGUAUUUUGUGGUUGUGAAGAUUUCUCAUUCGUGUCUUACGUCGUCUGAACUACAUUGCGAGAUGAGUUUGUCUCUGUAUCAGCUAACUGAAUUGUAGCCUUGAGUUGUGAAAUCUGUAAAUGCAAUGGUUUAAGCAUGCACAUUUUUAUACAAAUAUACUUUAUUUAUAAUAAAGGAAUGUUUUGGAAAUGUU